CCUCCUCCUCCUCCCCCUGCCGCCGAGCCGGCAACAUGAACUGAAAUCCCUAGCGAGGAACAGAGGCGGCGAGCGAGCGGAGCGGAGCGGAGGCAAGCGGGGCUUUAGCGGGGAUUUUGCCUCUUUCGGGCAGAGGAGCGGCCCCGGCUGAGGGCAGAACGCUCCCGACGCUGCACACAGCCUCCCCCCUCACCCGGAGAGCGGCGGCCGCCCGAGCCCCGCGCCGCCGAGCCCCCAUGGCCCUCAUUAUGGAGCCCGUCAGUAAGUGGUCGCCGAGCCAGGUCGUCGACUGGAUGAAAGGUCUUGAUGAUUGCUUGCAGCAAUAUAUUAAGAAUUUUGAGAGAGAGAAGAUUAGUGGCGACCAGCUACUACGUAUCACUCAUCAAGAACUGGAAGAUCUUGGAGUCACACGUAUUGGCCAUCAGGAGCUUAUCUUGGAAGCAGUAGACUUGCUCUGUGCACUGAACUAUGGUUUGGAAACAGAAAAUCUGAAAACUCUUUCACACAAACUGAAUGCAUCUGCCAAAAAUCUGCAGAACUUCAUCACUGGGAGGAGGAGGAGUGGUCACUACGAUGGAAGGACCAGCCGCAAAUUACCAAAUGAUUUUCUGACAUCAGUAGUGGAUCUCAUUGGAGCUGCUAAAAGUCUCCUGGCUUGGUUGGACAGAUCACCUUUUGCUGCUGUGACAGAUUACUCAGUAACAAGAAAUAAUGUAAUACAGCUCUGUCUGGAACUAACAACAAUUGUACAACAGGAUUGCACAGUAUAUGAAACAGAGAAUAAAAUUCUUCACGUGUGUAAAACUCUCUCUGGCGUCUGUGAUCACAUCAUCUCGCUCUCUUCUGAUCCCUUGGUUUCCCAGUCAGCCCACCUUGAAGUGAUCCAGCUUACGAACAUCAAGCCAAGUGAAGGGCUGGGUAUGUACAUUAAGUCAACAUAUGAUGGUCUCCAUGUAAUUACUGGAACAACAGAAAAUUCACCUGCAGAUCGGUGCAAGAAAAUCCAUGCUGGAGAUGAAGUGAUUCAAGUUAACCACCAAACUGUGGUGGGGUGGCAGUUGAAAAAUUUGGUGAAUGCACUACGAGAGGAUCCGAGUGGUGUUAUCUUAACUUUGAAAAAGCGACCUCAGAGCAUGCUUACCUCAGCACCAGCUUUACUGAAAAAUAUGAGAUGGAAGCCCCUUGCUCUGCAGCCUCUUAUUCCCAGAAGUCCUACAAGCAGUGUUGCUACACCAUCCAGCACUAUCAGCACACCUACAAAAAGAGACAGCUCUGCACUCCAGGAUCUUUAUAUACCCCCUCCUCCAACAGAACCUUAUGUUCCCAGGGAUGAAAAGGGAAAUCUCCCGUGUGAUGAUGUUGGCAGACAUACAGUGGGCAAACCAGUUCAUACAGGAUCCGAAUCUCCAAACUCAUUUCUUGAUCAGGAGUAUCGAAAGCGUUUUAAUGUGGUUGAAGAAGAUGCAGUUUUAUACUGCUAUGAGUAUGACAAGGGAAGAACAAGUGGUCCUGGAAGAAGAGAGAGCACACCAACAUACGGGAAACUAAGGCCUAUUUCUAUGCCAGUAGAAUAUAACUGGGUCGGGGAUUAUGAAGAUCCCAAUAAAAUAAAACGAGAUAGUAGGAGAGAAAAUUCAUUGCUACGCUAUAUGAGCAAUGAGAAAAUAGGCCAAGAAGACUACAUGUUUCAAAGGAAUAGCAAAAAGGAUACUGGGAAAAAAUCGAAAAAGAAAGGAGACAAGGGUAAUAGUCCUAGUCAUUACUCGUUGUUGCCUAGUUUACAAAUGGAUUCAUUGAGACAAGAUGUCAUUGGCACACCUGGACCAGAGACCACUUUGUAUCAUACAUUUCAGCAAUCUUCUCUACAGCAGAAAAGUAAAAAGAAAAACAAAGCUCCUAUUCCUGGUAAAAGCAAAAGACGGAUCUCAUGUAAAGAUCUUGGCCGAGGAGACUGUGAAGGCUGGCUUUGGAAAAAGAAAGAUGCCAAGAGUUAUUUCUCCCAGAAAUGGAAAAAAUAUUGGUUUGUCCUGAAAGAUACAUCUCUCUACUGGUAUAUCAAUGAAGAGGAUGAAAAAGCAGAAGGAUUCAUCAGUCUACCUGAAUUUAAAAUUGACAGAGCCAGUGAAUGCCGAAAGAAAUAUGCAUUCAAAGCCUGCCAUCCUAAGAUCAAAAGUUUUUAUUUUGCUGCUGAACAUCUAGAUGAUAUGAACAGAUGGCUAAACAGAAUUAACAUGCUUGCUGCUGGCUAUGCAGAAAGGGAGAGGAUCAAACAAGAGCAAGAUUACUGGAGUGAGAGUGAUAAGGAGGAGGCUGACACUCCAUCAACACCCAAACAAGACAGCCCACCACCCCCAUAUGAUACAUACCCACGGCCUCCUUCGAUGAGUUGCACCAGUCCCUACGUGGAGCCAAAGCACAGCCGCCUCUCCUCCACAGAGACCUCCCAGUCACAGUCAUCACACGAGGAGUUUCGCCAAGAGGCGGCAGGGAGUGUCACCGACUCACCGGUGCGCAAGACAGCAAGCCAGCGGCGCUCCUGGCAGGACCUCAUCGAGACGCCACUGACGAGCUCAGGACUCCACUACUUGCAGACGCUGCCGCUGGAGGACUCGGUGUUCUCUGAGACGGCCGUGGUGUCCCCCGAGCACCGGCGGCAGUCCACCUUGCCCACCCAGAAGUGCCACCUGCAAGACCACUACGGCCCUUUCCCACUCGUGGAGGGGGAGCGGAUGCAAGUGCUGAAUGGGAACGGAGGCAAGCCACGGAGCUUCACACUGCCACGGGACAGCGGCUUCAACCACUGCUGCCAGAGCCUUUCGGUGGGAGCUGCCGAUCACCACGAGGAAGUGCAGCAAAAGGAGGUGGAAGAGGAAGAGGAGGAGGAGGAGGAGGAAGGCAAAGCAGCAGAAGAAAACCAGGAAGAUAAAAUUGAAACUAUAGAAGAAAAAGCAGAAGAUUCCUUGCAAGACUUGUACAGAGCCCUGGAGCAGGCCAGCCUGUCUCCUCUAGGAGACCGCCGGAUUUCCACUAAGCUGGAGUACAGGAAAUCUUUUAUAAAGAGAUGUAACGAUCCAGUAGUCAAUGAAAAACUGCACCAGCUGCGAAUUCUGAAAAGCACUUUAAAGGCCAGGGAAGGAGAAGUAGCCAUUAUAGAUAAGGUUCUGGAUAAUCCAGGCUUGACAUCUAGAGACUUUCAAGAAUGGAAACAAAUAUACCUUGACAUCUUUUUGGACAUCUGUCACAACAGCACCCCGAGGGGCUCUCUUAAUGGCUCGUCUGAGGUCGACGCACUUCUAGCUUCCUUAGCGCACACGCACUCCUACAUUGAAACGCAUGUAUAAGGGGCCCUCUUCUACUCCAUUUGCUACACUCUGGGCCUUUACAUAAGUGCAUAAAUUAGUUUUUAUAGCAAUAUGUGGGAGUUCUAGUAAAUUAUCUUUUAAUGUUACUCAGCCGUGUGAAGUACACCUUCAAUGGUCAAUGAUACCAUGUCUUUAAUGAGGAUUUGUGUGUUUUAUACACUACCAAUGCUCCUCUUGUGUUUACCUUCUGUGAAAUAAAGAACAUGAUCUUUUACUAUUAGAUAGGAGUAUUUAAAAAAAAUUCUGGAAGACUGGCCUUCACAGAGGAAGUUCCACAAGCUAAAGGUUUUGUUAUUGAAGGUUGCUUUUACAAUGAUAUUUUUAAUUAUAUAAUUCCAGUAUUGUUUUGCAUUUUUGGAGUUCAGGUACUAUUUUGGUGGCAGGAGAAUAAAAGAAAAAUUAUAUUUAAUGAUAAACUCUAGGAGUUUUCUUACAUAACAGGGAAAAAGUGUAAUACAGUGAUUGUUUUUCCAUUUUGUUGAACACAAAAGGGCGAAAAUUUACCCACAAUAAUUACUAAUGUGAAUUUAAGUAUUAAACAUUUAGGUUUUAUUUCCUUGUACUUUCUUAAAGCCUGUUGCUAAGGUUUACCAUCAGUGCGAAGGGAUACUGGUCUGUACUCUAAUUAAGACAAAAUUAUAUGUUAGAUGUCUCUAAAUCACAUUUGGUUGAUUUAAUUAAAAAUAAAAAUUAGUUGUGGUACUGUCAUUUAUGCUGCUUUUGUACUGAACGGAUCAGAUUUUGCAAAAGAGAAAAAGUAGACUUUGAGCAUCCUUGAUAACUGCAUUUCUCUUGCCCAGAAAAGCAGCAAUGGAAAAGGUUCCCAACAAAAUGCUCCCAACCUGAGAGGCUUUGAAAAUUUGCACAAUAGAAAAGGAAUGAAUACAAUUCUUCAGGUACUUUCCUCUGUGUUUUCUGAGCUGUGAAAUUUGGCCGUAUAGUACUCAAGGGAAAUGUGUGAUAGGAACAGAGCUAAGCAACCUGAAAACAACUGAGAACUCAAAAAGUCUCUGCUCUGGCUCUGAACAUUUCUGGAUUCUGCUGAGUUCACAAGCCAACUGAAGGGUUUUAAGCAUCCCUGAGAUUUGAAAUGUGCUGCAGAGAGCAGAGUGAAUAUAAGUAGAAAUAUCUCCUUAGAGUUAGGCACCUGUCUGGAAUAGGGAAGCAAGAGGUAAAAUAUCAUCUAUUUACUCUUUAUGGUCUUCUUUUCAAAAAGUGAUCAGAGCAUGACAAAGCAUUUGUGCUGCUUUUCAGUGUUUUGCUGCAUAAAUUAGGACUUGAGACGUAGCUUAAUAAUGCUCAUGUGAGAAGGCACAGCCUCCUUUAUUCUUUCUACAGUGAGUUGUACGUUUAGCCAACUUUAGACUAUUGCCUGUACAGCUCAGUGAAUGUACUUCAAACUUCAUUAGCUCUGGUAUUUCCUGGCAGUUAUAUCCAUGACGAGAUGAAGGAAAGAACAGUUGGAUUUAUUUAUUUGUUCUCUCUCUCCCUCUUUCUUUCUUUCUUGUUACUUUAUUUGCAUUUAUUCCUUUAUCUUUCUCUCUUUCCUCCUUGUUACCCUAUUGCAUUUGGAUUGCAAAUGUUUUGCAGAUUUUGCACAACUGUACAGAAGAGUGGCCUUUCCAUAGCCCAUUUUCAGUAAUCCUAUAUAUUCGAGUCAAUAUGGAUCAUAUAUUAACAACAUUUGUAUAGAAUUCUGGAUCCAGUGUAAUAUUUGUACCAUUUAGAAGAAUACUGUUUGUAUAAACUGAACAUUUAUUUACUGCAUGUACUGACUUGUAUAUUAAAUUUGUGAGGUUUUUGUACAUUUCUCUUAAAAAAAUGCUUGACUUGAAAUGGGUUGUGCUAUUGUUCCAAGCAUUUAGAUUCUCUUGCUACUGUUUUACCGGACCAAAAGUAAAUAUAUUCAUAUAAAACCUCUUUAUAUCUGAUGGAUGUAUAUGCACAUUGUGUAGUUGAUUCCUUGUCAAAACCAAGGCAGUUCAGAAGACUUAGAUCUGUUGCUAUGCAACAGCUAUUCUGCCUGCACUUUACAUUAGUAAAGUCAGCUUGAUUGCUUUAAAGGUGAAAAUUAAACAUUACAGUUUUUUAAGCUAGUCUAGUGACAAAGAACAUGUGUCCUAUCCAUUGUGCUGCCUUCUUUUAAGACUAUUAAAUGUUCUUCUAUAUAUAUUUUUAUUGUAUUAACACUCAACCUGGAAAGGGAACACUGUAAAAUGACGUACAAUAAAUUUAGCUUUUAAAUGAA